AUGAAUGCAUACUUUUUCGAAUAAGGAUUAAAAGAUUUAGAGUAAAAACAUGGCUUUUUUAUUUUAGCUUUAAAUUUAUUACACCUAUAAGAUAAUAUGCCAUUUGCCAUAUUUACAUUAUAAAGUAUGAAAGAAAAGGAAGAAUCAGAGUAUUAUUUAAAAUAUCUAGAAUUCUUAGAGUGUCAGCAUUAUGAUAUUAUUGAAGAUUCAUUCGAUUGUUUUAUUGCAUAUAAUUAAUAUUUUGACAAUAAAAUAUAUUUAGAUGAAUGGAUAAAUCAUUUAAUCAGAAUAGGCAUAAAGUUACUUUUGGCCCAAGAAGGAAUAACUUAGAUCUGUAUUCCAUAAAGGUUUUAAAACAUCAUAUCUUCUAAAUUGGAGCUUCAUCAACCUCUAUUCAAAUUAUCUAAAACUGAUUUCAUCUUAGAAGUUAUAGAAUUACUAAAAUAUUAUAUAGAAACAUGUAAUUCAGAGCAUUAUGAAUAUCAAUCCAAUUUACUUUUGAUUGUCUUAACGUUGAUUUUUUGA